GAGAAUCCUAUCAUUCUCCCCCAGCUCACAAAGCGAGAGAGAGAGAGAGAGAGAGAGAGAGAGAGAGGAAUCCAAGCUCUGAAUAAGAAGGGGAGCAAGGCCUCAGAGCUCUGCUCAACAGCACUGAAGCGGAGAAGAGAGAGGAGAAGCAGAGAUGGAGGCGGAGGCGGUGGCGAAGAGGCUCAGGGAGGAUGGAACGGAAGAUAAUGGAGCUGGAGGGGUUUCGUCGAUUGUGGAGGAUGGGAAGACUAUGGAUUGCAUCUCGACUGUGAUUCCUGGAUGGUUUUCUGAGAUGAGCCCUAUGUGGCCAGGGGAGGCUCACUCUUUAAAGGUGGAACAGAUACUUUUUCAGGGAAAAUCACUGUAUCAAAAUGUAAUGGUGUUCCAGUCAUCCACUUAUGGAAAGGUUCUUGUCUUGGAUGGCGUGAUUCAAGUUACUGAGAGGGAUGAAUGUGCGUACCAGGAGAUGAUCACACACCUUCCGCUUUGUUCUAUUCCAAGCCCGAAAAAGGUAUUGGUCAUUGGUGGAGGUGAUGGUGGUGUUUUGCGUGAAGUAUCGCGUUAUUCUUCUGUGGAGGUUAUUGAUAUAUGUGAAAUAGAUGCAAUGGUUGUGGAUGUUUCUAAGAAGUUCUUCCCCAAGCUGGCUAUUGGUUUUGAGGAUCCUCGAGUGUCUCUACAUAUUGGUGAUGGUGUUGCAUUCUUGAAGAAUGUUCCUGAAGGUACAUACGAUGCAGUCAUUGUUGAUUCAUCCGACCCUAUUGGUCCAGCGCAGGAGCUUUUUGAGAAGCCAUUUUUUGAAUCAGUAGCAAGAGCUCUUCGUCCCGGAGGUGUCGUGUGCACCCAAGCAGAGAGCAUCUGGUUGCAUAUGCACAUCAUCGAAGAUAUUGUUUCCGUCUGCCGUCAAAUUUUCAAAGGCUCAGUUAAUUAUGCAUGGACCACAGUUCCCACAUACCCAAGUGGGGUUAUCGGUUUCAUGCUUUGCUCCACCAAGGGCCCGGCCGUUGAUUUUAUGCACCCGGUGAACCAAAUCGAUGAGAAUGACAGUUUCAAUAAAGCCAAAGGACCUCUGAAAUUUUACAACCCAGAGAUUCACUCUGCUGCAUUUUGUCUUCCAUCAUUUGCAAAGAGGAUCAUCAACUCAGAAACCGGCUAAACUUCCCGAAAUUUCAUUCCUUUGAUUUCUAUCAAGCAAAAUGAUGGCGCAUCGCGCCAGAUGGAGGAAAGACAAGCUCAUUGUCUUUCAAAUCGAUAUCGCAUCCCUUUCGUAAGGUUAUAUAUAGCCUUAAUACUCUCAUUUCACAACCGUUGCUUGCGCUCGACGCAAUUUGGGUUGGAUUCUCUUAUUACAGUAGUUUUUUUGCUUUAAUCAUCCUCUGUUCAUCAAAAGUCUUGUGUUUUGUACACUCACUUUGAGACAUAUAAAUUGGUGAUUGUGAGCAUAUGAUGAUGAUGAUGUUGCCUGUUUUUUGUUGGGAUGUUGAGGCCAUAGAUUUUGCAAGAGUUCUCAAUGGCAUUGUAGUAACUAAUAA